GAUAAUCUCUAUAAAUAAACAUUGAUUGUAUUCAUAUUUGACUACAAUAUAUUGUUAGUUUAUCAAUGAUGAAAACGCAUCAUUUUAUCUUGAUAUUCUUUUUGUGUGUAGAAAUUACUAUCUUUGUUGUGGCAAUUAAAACAUCCAAUGGGAAUCAAUUUGGUGCAACAAAAGAAUCUAAAAUAAAAAUUGGGAUAAAUGGUUGGGAAGAUUGGGGAAGCUGGGGAAGUGGAGGAGACAAAGAAGGUGGAAAGGGAGGAGGAGAACAAGAAGAAGGUGAACACAAUGGAGGUGGAAGAAUUAAGGGAAGUGGAAGAUAUAAGGGAAGUGGAGAAGACGACGAAAGUGGAAGAGAAAAUGGAAGUGGAAGAGAGAACGGAAGUGGAUUCAAUACUGAAAAUUGGAGAACUUGGGGACGCUGGGGAGGAUGGGGAGGUUUCAUUUCCCACAAAAAUGGUGGGCGUAGGUGACGACCACGAAGAUCAGACACAUGAACUUGUUUAUUGAGUAAACUAUCAAAUUGGUUCAUGUCUUUGUAAGCUAUUAUCAAACUAGUCUCUGACUCUAUUAAUAUUUUAAACUAGUCUAAAAUAAUAGCAGGGAAUCUAUCUUACUCCAUGCUCUAUAAUAUAAUGAACAUAUUUUUCUAAAUUAAUGUAUCACUGAUAUCCUCAGAUCGUACCACUUAUAUUAUCAAGGUUAAAUGGAUAAAAGUACCACAGUUUCAUGUUAUAAUAUACUCUAUAAUAUACUAUAAUGGUUUAGAUUUGCAAGUUAUUGAACCCUAUGAUAUAAGGUUUUUGGAUUUGAACAGGGUUGUUUUGGAUUUGAAUAAAUUUUCAGAAGAGGGAUUGGACUUUGGAUAUGAAAAUGAAGAAUUGAAUGAAGAGGUUCAUUGGUGGCUGAAGAUUUUUGUGGAUUCUUCAUACUAGACGUCAAUGAAAAUAAAGCAAGGCAAAUUAUGAAUAAUUAUGUUGUGUGUUUCUUUUCUAUCUUUGGCUAAUCAUUCAUAAUUUGAUACUACAUGGAAUUGAAUGAAUUGUAUCUUCUUAUAUUAUUUGAAUGAAUGGAAUUGGCUAAUAUCUUCA